CUCUAUUGAGCAAACAAAGGUUAGAUGAAGCGAACUUUUCCAAUCUGUUUCGGCAACACCCCAUGUUCUAGUUUCUUAUUCAGAUAACCUUAUCACUUUUUUAUUACUAUUUUCUUCAUUUAAUUAAUUAUUUGUAAACAUUUCUGGCAUAGUCUUCCUGCUCACCUGAUCUGGUAUCUUUCUACCAAUCAUAGUUCCAUUGCAACCCAUUGUGUUCUUUCACUUAGUUUUUGACUCCUUUUCUUUUGAUUUCCAGCUCAGCUUGAUUUAGAUCUGGUCUUUUUCAGUUAGCCAAGAAAGUUUCUUUUCCAAGGGAAAAUUUCAGGCUGGGUUUUUUGCUGCUUUGGGGGGUUCUCAAGGGGAAAACUCAAAUACCCAGAUUGGAUCCUUGAGAGAACAAGGGGUUUAAUUUCUUGAGGGAGUGUGGUAAUGGGGAAGGUCCAAGGCUGGCAGUUAUUGUCUUUGCUCCUCCUUCUUGUACUAUCUGCAGUUUUUAGAAGUGGAGAAGCUCAGGUGAAGUCUUUUCUGAUAAAUUGUGGUACAGAUUCUAGUUUGAAUGUGGAUGGUAGAAAAUGGGUUGGUGAUUUGACUCCUGAUAACAAUCUCACCCUUAGUUCUCCUGGUGUUGUUUCCUCUACUUCUACACUAAGUGGUGAUUCAAUCUUUGCGACACUCUAUAAAUCUGCCCGACUUUUCAGUGAUGACCUGAACUACACGUUUAAUGGCAUUCUAGGGAACUAUUUCUUGAGACUUCAUUUCUGUCCUUCCUUUGAGGAUCACAACGUAAAUGAAUCUUCUUUCGAUGUUGUGGCAAAUGGUCUGAAACUCUUGGCACAGUUCAAUGUUGUUGGCGAGAUUGCACACAAGAAUUUGUACCUCCAAAGUCCAGGAAGCAAUUCCAGCUUCUUCUCUUUGGUUAAAGAGUAUAUUUUACCUGUCAAUUCAAAUACACUUGUGAUCGAGUUCACCCCAAAAAAAGGAUCAUUUGGUUUCAUUAAUGCCAUAGAGAUUAUCCCUUUGACCAAUAAACUUUUUGCAGAUUCAGUCAGUAAAGUGGGUGGAAAAGAUGCAAAUCUGAAUCUAAGUGGAAGGGGAAUUGAAACUAUGUAUAGGUUGAAUGUCGGGGGUCCGGAGAUUAAUCCGACUGAGGAUUCCAAUUAUUGGAGAGCGUGGGAAGUGGAUUCUGGCUUUAUGAUCACAGCAAAUGCAGGUUCCGAAAUGCAUAACAGUUCUAAUGUUACCUAUGCUUCUGCAAAUGAUUCUUCAGUGGCUCCUCUUCUUGUGUAUGAAACAGCAAGAAGCAUGUCUAACAACCAAGUCUUGGAGAAAAGAUUCAAUAUGUCAUGGAGGUUUGAAGUGGAUCCUGGUUUUGAUUACUUAAUACGGUUACACUUCUGCGAGCUGGUUUUUGAUAAGCCAAACCUGAGGAUUUUCAGAAUCUACAUAAAUAACCGGACUGCAGCAAAUAAUUAUGCUUUUGUGAAGGCAGGUGGAAUGAAUACUUAUCAUCAGGAUUACUUUGAUGCAGUUUCUUCACAAAUCAAUACCCUCUGGAUUCAACUCGGCCCUGACACAGCAGCUGGUGCUUCAGGCACUGAUGCUCUCUUGAAUGGGCUGGAGAUUUUCAAGCUUAGUCGAAAUGGAAACCUUGCGCAUGUGCAGAGAUAUGAUUCAACUGGGAGUUCAAAUCAUCCUUCAAAGUUCUGGGUUCUCUGGGUGGGAAUUGCUGCUGGUGUAGCCAGUGUUGUCAUUCUUGCAGUUGCUGUUAUCCGUAUAAUAUAUUUCUGCAAAAAACAAGGAAAAGAAUCAGGUGACACAAAAAACAACACUCCUGGGUGGCGACCAUUAUUCCUUCAUGGUUCUGUUUUAAAUAGCUCUUCUAAUGCCAAGCGAUCAUCUAGAUUUCUAAACCCAAAUGGAUCUAUGACCUCCACUGGUGUUGGCAAGCAAUUUACACUUGCUGAGAUUCGGGCAGCAACUAAUAAUUUUGAUGAAAGUUUAGUGAUUGGCGUAGGGGGCUUUGGCAAGGUAUUUAAAGGGGAGGUCGAAGAUGGCACUCUUGCAGCCAUAAAGCGGGCAAAUCCACAAUCCGAGCAAGGGCUUGCUGAAUUUCAUACUGAGAUUGAGAUGCUCUCAAAGCUUAGACAUAGGCACUUGGUCUCCAUGAUUGGAUUCUGUGACGAACAAAAUGAGAUGAUCUUGGUCUAUGAAUACAUGGCAAAUGGAACUCUUAGAAGUCAUCUGUUUGGAAGUGAUGUCCCACCGUUGACUUGGAAGCAGCGAUUAGAAGCAUGCAUUGGUGCUGCCCGUGGACUGCACUACCUUCACACAGGAGCAGAGCGGGGAAUUAUUCACAGGGAUGUUAAAACAACCAACAUUUUGUUGGAUGAAAAUUUUGUGGCUAAAAUGUCAGAUUUUGGGCUGUCAAAAACUGGUCCUUCUAUGGAGCAUACUCAUGUUAGUACUGCAGUGAAGGGGAGCUUUGGAUACCUCGACCCUGAGUAUUUUCGCAGGCAGCAGUUGACUGAGAAAUCUGAUGUCUACUCUUUUGGUGUGGUGCUGUUCGAAGUUGUUUGUGCCCGUGCUGUUAUAAAUCCGAGCUUGCCAAAAGAUCAGAUAAAUCUUGCAGAGUGGGCAAUGAGAUGGCAGAGACAAAGGUUGCUUGACACCAUUAUCGACCCACAUCUGAAGGGAAAAUAUUCUCCGGAAUCGAUGGAGAAGUUUGGAGAGAUAGCAGAAAAAUGUCUUGCAGACGAGGGGAAGAACCGACCUACUAUGGGGGAAGUUCUAUGGCACUUGGAAUACGUGUUGCAACUUCAUCAAGCAUGGAUUGGGGCCAACCCCACGGGCAAUUCGUUCUCAAGCAGUCGAGCCUUGAGGGAUUUGGAAGAGAGAGAAACUGAAAAUAGGCAGUUGGAUGGAAACUCUUGUUUACAUCCGAACCAAGAGCUAUAGGUGGGUCUGAACGGUUGAAGAGCUGGUAAUUGUAUUCCUUUACAAUAUAAAACUACUAGUGGCUGAAAAUUCUCUGUUUUUGUUGUAUUGAACUUCAACACUUUCCUCGUGUAAGAUGCUUACUAAGCAUGCAGUAAAAUGAUUUAGUCAUGGUAAUGUUCAGUUUUUAAAUGGCUUUACUUGUGUAA